GUUCUGAAGUGAUUUUAUUGAUAUAUGUAAAAUGUAACAACUUUGUAGUGACAAACAAAGCGGUUCAUCCCUCUUAAGUUCUACAUUAUACACGUGAAACACACUAACAGCACAGCGAGAGACCUCCGCGUUUUAAGGAGUUCGGUCGUUUCAAUAAAGUUAUUUUUGGCGACUGGACAGUGACGUCACUGAGCUGCGACGCAUCUCACGGAGGGACCACACGCGUGUUUGACGGAUCAGAACCCAGGUCCGCUGAAGACCAGCACCCAGUCCUCUCCUCUCCGACCCGGCGCGAUGGGAGACACCAGCCGGCUGUGCUCCGUGUGGCUCGGAUCCGAGACCGGCAUCCUGAAGGGGGUCAGCGUGUCCCGGAAGCAGGCCUUCAACUUCUGCAACACGAGCCACCUGAGCCGCGACCAGGAGGUCCGCGCGCUGUGCUGGGGGGACCCGGAUGAGAGCGAGCUGCUGGUGGGCUCCGUGGACGGAACCGUGAAGACCUUCAGCGUCCAGAAGGGGGUCUUCACCGAGACCCGGCGCUGCGGGGAGCCCGCGGAGGGCUGCUUCACCGGGCUGGCGCGGCUCAGUGGGUCCGGGCUGCUUACCUGCGUCGAGACCGGGACCCUGCGGGUCUGGCGCGAGGACGGCGCCGAACCCGCCACCGAGAUGAAGGCCGGGGAUCACGUGAGUCGGAUGCGCCAGAGCCCGGUGAACCGGAACCACGUGGCCACCGGAGGGAAGGCGAACGGGCUGAAGAUCUGGGACCUGCAGAAACCCGACAAGCCCGCGUUCACCGCCAAGAACCUGCGGGACGACUGGCUGGACCUCACGAGGCCGCAGUGGGUCCGCGACAUGGCCUUCAUCCCGGAGUCCGACAAGGUGGUGACGUGCACCGCGUACCACCAGGUCCACGUGUUCGAUCCCUCCACCCCUCAGCGGCGCCCCGUCCUGGAGUUUGAGUAUGGCGAGCACCCGCUCACCGCCCUGUCGCUGCCCGCCGCCGGCAACGCCGUGGUGGUGGGCAACACCCACGGCCACAUCGCCCUGCUGGACCUGAGGAAGGGCGUGGUGCGCGGCUGCCUGAAGGGGACGACGGGGGGGGUGCGGGCGCUGCAGUGUCACCCCACCCGGCCCGUGGUGGCGUCCUGCGGCCUUGACCGCUUCCUUCGCGUCCACAGCCUGGAGGACCGCAAGCUGCAGCACAAGGUCUACCUGAAGUCCAGGCUCAACUACAUCCUGAUCGCAGCAGCGCUGGUGGACGGAGGGGGGGCGGCGGCGGGGGAGGGCGGGACUGAGGGGGUGAAGGAGGAGGACGGGGAGGAAGACGACGAGGUGUGGGAGACCAUGGAGCGCGUGGAGGAGAAGACGAAGAGGAAAACCACAGAGGAAGAGGAGCUGCAGAAGACGAGCAAGAAAAAGAAAGGACAGGACUGAGGGGCGUUUGAGGGCCCCGGUCAGAGUGGGACAUUUCACUGUCGGACUGAAACACUAUGAAAGAGACAAGCGUUGUCCUUCCUGGACAGGACGUUUGUUUAUUCAUCUGAGACAAAUCAGUCUGACAAUAUUACAAAUGUAUUUUCUAAUAUUUAGGCAGCAGCGUGAGAUUAAAACAGUUCAAGAAUCCAGCUUCUUUUUUUAAUCUUAAUUUUAGCCUGAACCUGGUUGGGAUGAAGAAGGGGCGCACGGCCUAAAACGUUUGAACCAGUAUCUGUGGUCCUGAUCCUCAACAUGAACGGGCCUCGCCGACCUUUGCCCCCUGGGGGCUUGGAGAGACACAGCAGAGACAAGUGAUCCCAGGACACUUUUAAAUGGGACGUUAAGUAAUAGAAUUCACUCAAAUAGAUAGAAGUGUUAUAAUAUACAUGGUCACAUCUGUCACGUGACGUUGACCCAUGUCGUGUUUUUAAAUGCACAUUCAGAACAAACUGCUCUUAGUGAUGACGUUAACUGUGUCCUGCUGCCCCCCAUACGGCCCCUGAGCCCCCGGGUCCAUGUGCUGUUCUUAUGAACAUCAAUGUACUACACACAUUUAUAACACACACAAGGAGCAGCUCGUCUGCAGUUAUUAGUGAAAAGUCACUUUAAUGACGUUCACACUUUAGAGGCUGACUGACGCUGAGGCGGUUUUAUAAAUAGUUUAUAACAGAAAUGGAUCAAAGUUAUGAACCUGUAACAUUACGGAAUAAAUACACACAGAAACUGAACUCACUUUGCUGCUUUUGUUUUGUGAUUAUAAACUAACUUGUGUUCUUCUCUCAGCCUGAGUAUACCAUCCUCCACAGAAGCUUUUCUUCCUGAAUGAAAUCAAAUAAAAUUCUUCUUUUUCUGUA